AUGGAGCUGAUGCAAGCGGACCACGGCCGACUGGGACCCGAGCUGCCACGUCUUCCCAGAGUGGGCGCGAGGCUUCACGACACGGAGACGAGGCGCAAAUCCACCGAGUCGCUGGCGGCCCGGCGACUCCUGGAAGCCGGGCAUCUCGGGCCCGAGUCCGCCGUCGCCCGCUGGAUCAGCUCGACAAGGUUCCACCGGAGGUUGGAACUGCAGCAAGCUCUCCGCUUUGCUGGAGUUCCACCUCCGGUGGAACCCGAGGAUGAUGGCCAAGAACCUUGGCUUGCCCGCGGAGCUGGAAGGGCGGCACUGGUAUCCAACCGGUUCCUCAUGGAGCUGACGCAGCGGGCCUCGGCCGACUGGGACCCGAGUUGCCAAGUCUUCCCAGAGUGGGCGUGGGCGGCCACCCCAAAGGCUUGUUUCUCUCCGCGAAAGUGCGAGGCUUCACGACACGGAGACGAGGCGCAAAUCCACCGAGUCGCUGGCGGCCCGGCGACUCCUGGAAGCCGGGCAUCUCGGGCCCGAGUCCGCCGUCGCCCGCUGCAUCAGCUCGACAAGGUGUUGGCUGUAGUGCCCUCACAGCGCGCGGCCAAGCCACGAAGGUUGGCCACCAUCCUCAGGUUCCACCGGAGGUUGGAACUGCAGCAAGCUCUCCGCUUUGCUGGAGUUCAAUCUCCGGCGGAAUCUGAGGAUGAUGGCCAAGAACCUUGGCUUGCCCGUGGAGCUGGAAGGGCGGCACUGGUAUCCAACCGGUUCCUCAUGGAGCUGAUGCAAGCGGACCACGGCCGACUGGGACCCGAGCUGCCACGUCUUCCCAGAGUGGGCGCGAGGCUUCACGACACGGAGACGAGGCGCAAAUCCACCGAGUCGCUGGCGGCCCGGCGACUCCUGGAAGCCGGGCAUCUCGGGCCCGAGUCCGCCGUCGCCCGCUGCAUCAGCUCGACAAGGUUCCACCGGAGGUUAGAACUGCAGCAAGCUCUCCGCUUUGCUGGAGUUCCACCUCCGGUGAAACCUGAGGAUGAUGGCCAAGAACCUUGGCUUGCCCGUGGAGCUGGAAGGGCGGCACUGGUAUCCAACCGGUUCCUCAUGGAGCUGAUGCAAGCGGACCACGGCCGACUGGGACCCGAGCUGCCACGUCUUCCCAGAGUGGGCGCGAGGCUUCACGACACGGAGACGAGGCGCAAAUCCACCGAGUCGCUGGCGGCCCGGCGACUCCUGGAAGCCGGGCAUCUCGGGCCCGAGUCCGCCGUCGCCCGCUGCAUCAGCUCGACAAGGUUCCACCGGAGGUUGGAACUGCAGCAAGCUCUCCGCUUUGCUGGAGUUCAAUCUCCGGCGGAAUCUGAGGAUGAUGGCCAAGAACCUUGGCUUGCCCGCGGAGCUGGAAGGGCGGCACUGGUAUCCAACCGGUUCUUCGUGGAGCUGACGCAGCGGGCCACGGCCGACUGGNAAGGUUGGCCACCAUCCUCAGGUUCCACCGGAGGUUGGAACUGCAGCAAGCUCUCCGCUUUGCUGGAGUUCAAUCUCCGGCGGAAUCUGAGGAUGAUGGCCAAGAACCUUGGCUUGCCCGCGGAGCUGGAAGGGCGGCACUGUGAUUUCGAUGCUGCGGGACAAGAGCUCCGGCCUGACGGACGCCAAGUUGCUGAAGCACCUCCAGAACGUGUGCAUCGUGUACGCGUGCUUGGCGAUCAAGCGCAACGCCGGGAUUGUCUCCACACAGGCCAAGCACGCGGCAGCGGCGCAGGAUACAAGGACAUCGCUGUCCCUGGCUUCUUCAAGUGGCUCCAGGAAAACUUGGACAAGGAGGAUUUCUUCUUGCAGCCGUGGCUCACGUUCGAGGUCAUGGGGAAGACGUCCAUGAAGGGAGGCGCGGUCCUCUCCACCGACGGCGAAAAAAUGUGGAAGCGGUUCGACAAAAUCCUGCGCGAAAUCAAGAAAUACUACAACCCCGUGUGGGACAGGCAAUACUAAAUGAAGACGCGAGGCCGAACACGAAGGAACACGAAGGAUAUUGAUCAAUUGUAUUUGUUCUCAAGAAUAGUAGGCGGUUUUACGGGAGUAAUAAUCAGUGAUGUUGCGUUUGUUUCUGUAAAAAACGCCCACAUGCGCCCGUGUCUGGUGUGUUGUCGUGAGCAUCGAAGGCGGUGCCUAGCGGUUUGAUGUUCUUAUUUUUUGUUGGCACACCAAUGGAAUUGCCGCACUACAUGUUCAUUUCGACAUGUCACGUGCCCCGAUCACCAUACAUGUACUAUGCGGACAACAGCAGUGUUGAACAAAUGCUCAAUCGCGUUAACAGCUGCUUUUGGCGGCAACUCGCUGGCGUUUCCCCCCUCCCCCUUCAAGAAAGCAACAUAACACCACGGGUGGGAACAGCUUUUGAGAUAGGUGGCCCCAGGGCGUACAACAUGUUGCGAAGAAAAAAAGUAGACCGCCCAUCCCCCACCGUGUUUCCCCCCGAUCAUCUAAACUACGCAUGCAAGUUGUCGCGGUGAGACACACAACAAACAACGAUCACUCAUGUCAGAUAUAUUGUCGCACUCUCCGCACCAAGUCAAAACUGUAGUCACAAACCCUUGUGCGUUUCGCAGUGUGUCGUUUUGCACUCGGUACGGUGACCCUCUCCCUGGUCGGCCUACUCUAAGACGAUGACGGAACUCAUGUGCAUGUGGCACACCGGUGCUGUGUCACUUUGGCCGAUUGGCAUGACUCCUGGAACAAUGUUCUAAACCUCAGCGAAAUAUACAGUGGUGUGUAUUCUUGACAUAGUUUCCGCGCCACGGCCCUUCGAAAUAAGU